GCAUCACAUCAGUAGAGCCCCGCUCGCGAUCACGUUUGUACGUGUGUCUGCGCUCCGUAUAAAUAAAACUUUCUUACGUCAAAUCAAUGGAUAUAACCUAACACGCCGCGAGUUUUGCAACUAUAAUUAUAAAAUGUGAAUAUUGUUCAGAAAAAGUAAUGGGUCACUACUAGUGCUGUGUUUCGGUUACGUGUUUAGUGUGAUGCCAAUGAUGUGAAUUAAUGUGUGUAGUGUUGAAAAAGGAGCUAUGAGUAUCCAAAAGUGCCUUCUGGAUAAUUCCAGUAGGAUGAUCAAGGCGAUGUCAACCGCGAAAUCAUCUAAUAGUGAAGUAAAAACGGGGGUGCAAAGUGGGCUCAAAAAAGUCGGUCUGGCGAUGCUGUCUCUGUCGAUGCCGCUCGAUGACAAACACAAAAAAACCACACGCAGUUGGAUCGAGAGUACGUUUCAGAAACGAGAAUGCAAGUUCUUUGUGCCCAGCGCUAAAGACGAGCACGUCUGUUGGUGCGGUCUCAGUAAGACUGCUCAUGGAGCGAACAUUCAAACAGCUGGACCCGGCGAAGCCUGGGUACCAACACGGCACACCCAGGCUGCUCCAACUGAUGCGUAUGGUACCGUUGAGUUUCAGGGAGGGCCGCAUCCGACCAAAGCACAGUAUGUGCGACUAUCCCACGACACUCGGCCAGACUUGAUAGUCCAAUUGUUGACGAGAGAAUGGGCUCUUGACAGACCGAAGCUUCUCAUAACUAUACAAGGUGGAAAAGCUAACUUCGAUCUUCAGCCUAAGCUCAAGAAAGUACUCAGAAAAGGAUUGCUGAAGGCUGCGAAGACUACUGGAGCUUGGAUAUUUACAGGAGGGACCAAUACAGGUGUGACGCGUCAAGUUGGAGACGCGCUACAGUUGGAGCGUUCUCAACGAGCGGGUCGAGUCGUCAGUAUAGGAAUAGCACCAUGGGGCAUCGUGGAGGGCGCCAACGAGCUCAUAGGAAAGGGUCGGGACGCGCCAUAUCAUGCGAUAGCGUCGCCAAGAUCAAAGCUAGCUGUUCUGAAUAACCGGCAUGCUUACUUCCUACUCGUAGACAACGGCUCCGUCGGUCGGUACGGCGCUGAAAUUGUUUUGCGACGGAAGUUGGAGAAGUACAUUGCGGCACAAAAGUUGCACCCUUACACUCAUUCAUCAACUCCGGUCGUGUGUCUCGUGAUAGAAGGAGGAACGAACACAGUAAGAGCUGUGCUGGAAUACGUCACUGACAACCCACCUGUGCCAGUCGUCGUGUGCGACGGGAGCGGUCGAGCAGCUGACCUCAUUGCUUUUGUGCACAAAUACGCGUCAGAAACUGGCGAGCAGACGGUGUUGGAAUCUAUGCGGGAUUACCUGGUCGGAACCAUCCAGAAGACAUUCGAAGUCGGGACGCAACAAGCAGAGUGCCUAUACGGUGAGCUGUUGCAGUGCACCAGGAAAAAGAACUUAAUCACCGUGUUCAGAAUUCAAGAGCGCGCGGAAGGCGGCGAGGUCCAAGAGCUGGAUCAAGUGAUUCUGACUGCGUUGUUCCGCGCCCAGCACCUGUCUCCAAGCGAGCAACUCUCUCUGGCACUGACGUGGAACAGAGUCGAUAUUGCGAGAUCAGAGAUCUUCGUCUACGGGCAAGAAUGGCCGCCAGGUGCCCUUGACGAAGCAAUGAUGCAAGCCUUGGAACACGACCGCAUAGAUUUCGUGAAGCUGCUCCUGGAAAACGGCGUAUCCAUGAGGAAGUUCCUGACGAUUCCUCGUCUCGAAGAACUUUACAACACCAAAAGCGGUCCUAGUAACACCUUAAGAUAUAUUCUGAGGGAUGUAAGGCCCCACCUACCCAGAGGAUAUGUGUACACACUACACGACAUUGGGCUAGUGAUAAAUAAACUGAUGGGAGGUGCUUAUAGAUGUUACUACACCCGUCGCAAGUUCCGUCCGAUAUACGCGAAGGUGAUGAACAAGAGUGUGAACGUUCAUCGCAACAGCGCGUCCUUCACCCGUCACAACGCCGGCGGUCUUUCGCUCAUCACCGGCUUCAUGCCUGUCACGACUGAGAUGGCCCUCUUCGGCUAUCCAUUCAAUGAACUAUUGAUGUGGGCGGUUUUGACAAAACGGCAUCAGAUGGCUCUGUUAAUGUGGACGCAUGGAGAAGAGGCUCUCGCUAAGUCCCUAGUGGCCUGUAAGCUGUACAAAGCUAUGGCCCAUGAAGCUGCUGAGGACGAUAUGGAAACUGAGGUAUAUGAAGAAUUACGUCAUUAUGGCAAGGAAUUUGAGACCAAAGCGCUUGAAUUAUUAGACUAUUGUUACCGCCAAGAUGACGAUCAAGCGCAACAGCUGUUGACUUGUGAACUUCAGAACUGGUCCGGACAGACGUGCUUGAGCCUCGCCGUAGCUGCUAACCACCGCGCCCUCCUCGCUCACCCUUGCUCACAAAUCAUCCUCGCCGAUCUAUGGAUGGGAGGUCUCAGGACCCGAAAGAAUACCAACUUAAAGGUAAUUCUGAGCCUGCUGUGUCCGCUGUACAUUCUGCAACUGGAGUUCAAGUCAAAGGAAGAGUUGCAGCUGAUGCCGCAGACGGAGGAGGAACAUCUCGAGAACGAAAGCAUGGAGGACGACAGGAGUACGAGAGACCCGACGGACGCGGAGCAGGCGUUGAUUGGCUCAGGGGCCGAAUGCGAAACCAGGGUCGAUCAAAACGGGAAAGUCGGUAAAAUUGGUUGGGACCCAACAUACAGAGAUUUGCCGGAGUACCACGUGCCGGAAGACAAGAGGAUGAGACCCUUGAGACUGAGGAAGAAGAUAUACGAAUUCUUUACGGCGCCGAUUACUAAGUUUUGGGCAGAUUCGAUCGCCUACAUAUUGUUCCUACUGAUGUUCACUUAUACAGUAUUAGUCAAGAUGGAUUCGACGCCAUCUUGGCCGGAGAUAUACUCCAUAUGUUAUAUACUCACGUUUUUAUGUGAGAAGAUCAGAGAAAUUAUUACGUCCGAGCCUGUUGCUAUUAGACAUAAGUUCAGCGUAUGGGCGUGGAACAUGUGGAAUACGUACGACGCAGGGUUCAUUAUAUUCUUCCUGGUGGGGCUCACGCUGCGCCUGCGCACCAGCUCGAUGGACGUCGGACGCGUCAUAUACUGCGUCGAUAUCAUUUACUGGUAUCUAAGGAUACUUAACAUAUUGGGCGUUAAUAAAUACUUAGGUCCCCUAGUCACAAUGAUGGGUAAAAUGGUAAAAAAUAUGAUAUACUUUGUGGUGCUGUUACUGGUUGUGCUGAUGUCGUUCGGGGUGGCGAGACAGGCAAUAUUGUAUCCAGACAAGGAAGCAAGUUGGUAUCUAAUAAGGGGGGUCUUCUUCCAACCGUACUUUAUGCUGUAUGGCGAAGUAUUCGCCGAGCAAAUGGCUCCACCUUGCGGGCUCCCAGGGCUCGAAGAGUGCCGAGUCGGCCACUGGGUGCCUCCAGUUGUAAUGAGCAUAUACUUGCUCAUUGCUAACAUACUAUUAGUGAACCUUUUAAUAGCCGUUUUUAAUAAUAUAUUCAUCGAAGUCAACGGAGUAUCUCAUCAGGUGUGGAUGUUCCAAAGAUUCACCGUGGUUAUGGAAUAUGAACAGAAGCCAGUCUUACCCCCACCUUUAAUUAUAUUCUGCCAUAUUUACGCAACGUGUAAAUGGGUGACCAGGAAUGUAUCGCACAAGAGAUUCCAGUAUGAUAAUGGUCUCAAAUUGUUCUUGGAGAAGGAAGACAUGGAACGACUUUAUGACUUCGAGGAGGAAUGUGUUGAGGGAUAUUUUAGGGAACAGGAAGUAAAGUUGUCUAAUUCGAUAGAAGAAAGAGUCAGAAAUACGACGGACAGAGUGGAACAUAUCACAACCAAAAUGGAAGAUUUUAAUCAGAAAGCUAACUGUCAAAUACAGUCUAUACAGAGCGUGGAAUUUAGAUUACGCAAGUUGGAAGACGUAGCGGAACAGACUAUGAACCACUUGGCUGUGAUACACCGUUUCAUGGCCACGCAUCCGUCUCUCGUUAAUCGAGGAUCGACUGACACAUUGGGACCACCACCACCUACCUUUCAAACUGGAGCAGCACGGCUCAGAACAGCCAGUGACAGAUCUGAGGUGCUGUCGGACAGCGACACAGGGGCGGCGCGCUUCGCGGUGCGCCCCGUGCAGGAGGAGGACGAGCACGCCUCGCAGCCCUCCGAAGACGAGCUUCCUCAGUCUGGUCCAGAAGUCGUAGAAAAAGAACCAGAAGUAGAUUCUUCUUCAUCGUCAGCGGGAAGCGUCGCGGGUCCAGAUGUGACAGUCAUCAGGCCAACUGCCCCAGUUACACCAGCGCGCCAAAGAUCUUCUGAAAGCAAUAGAACUGAACCAAGUGAAGAGAAGAAAGUGCCAUCGAUGAUUGACGACGCGUUCUUGCCGGAGAUGCGUGAAGUGCCGUCCGAAAUGCACAGUCUGCGUCCUCGAACCACCUCAGCGGGUACCAGACGCACGGCCAACACGAGACGGCGUUCUGAAGGCGGUAAUGACUGUGGUAUGGGCGGGCACCACUCCGGGCAGCACCUGGCGCCGCGCCGGCAGCACAGCCAGACGCAUUCGGAGCCCGAUAAUUCUGCCGUCGAUGCGAACUCGCUUCAGAACUCGGUCUCAGGUCAACAAUCAGGUUGGGAAGCCACAGGCGGUGCGACCGGUAUCCCAUCAGGUAGAACACGCGUGGGUGGUGCACCGAGAUCGCUGCUACUAGCCAUGCACGAGUAUACCAGCAUCACUGAUGAGCUGGAGACUGUAUACGGACUGUUCUCCCCUCCUCAUACACCAAGGACACCCAUUGCAACCCGUCUCCUGUCUCCCGGUCGAGCCGCGUCACCAUCGAUCCGACGGAGGCACGCAAGUGAAAUGUCCAACCCGGAAUUCGCACUUUUCAUGGAAAAGGAACACCUCAGAGGAGCUGAAGAAGACGAUUAUAUAAUUAUGGAAAAUUUGAUCCAGCGUCGCCUAGAAAUGGAGUCUGUCCUGGCCAGAUACGAGGAGGAGGAGGGUGUGAACGGGGAGGGAGAGGGUGGAGUGAGCGGUGUCAGCAUAAGCGUCUGCGUCAACACCAGCGCUGAGGAGCCGCAAACCACUACGCUGCUCACGGUCAGCGAUAGGAGACUCCCGCACCAGAGGCAUUCCCUACGAAGAGCGUCAGCGAUUGACAGUCGCGAACUGCCUUCCCCGUUACAGCCGUUGCUCGGUGAUGAUACUUGUGGCGAAGUAUUACUACCAGUUCCGAGGCAACCUUCAGGAGACACAAACGCGUCCAGCGACCUGUCGCUGUCGCACAUGGUGAGCGAGAACCUCCCCCCGCGGCCGUCCAUCGUGCUGGACUCGUCGCAGCUGCCGCGCCAGCGCUCGGCCGAGCAGCCGCCGCCCGCGCCCGCGCCGCCGCCCGCGCGCCCCGAGACCAUGUGCUAGGAGUAACACCUCACUGUAAAGAUCUCCAAGAAGUAGAAGAACGACUAUACGAAUGACCAAAAUUCUUAAGUAAUAUAACAAAUCAUUAGUAACGAUGGCAGAAAAACCAAAAACUUUAUUAAAAUAAGGGCUACGUAGUAAAUAUUUAACUUGCCGAAUCGAGAUGUAAAAUAUACUAAGUUUAGACACUCAGAGUAGACUCUGAGAGAUUCACAGAAAUAUUAUCGUAUUAUAAAAUUGGACAUAAAAUAUUUUAUGCAAAACAUUAUGAAGAUUUGUUGUUCACUCUGAUGUCGGUGAAAACGUGCAGAUUUUAAUUUAAUUAUAAACCGCUUAAUGUUUUCCCAAAAUAACAUUAUAACGAAAGUUA